GCGAGAAAUAACCAACUUCCGUUCUAUUUCUCACACGUGAAAUUUUGUGUGUUGAUCGAAAUAAAAGCAUCUACAAGACUGAAACUAUAAUCAUGGCGUCCUUUACAAAGGCAAACAAGUCAAUGCGUCGGACAUACAAAGAAAGGAGUCAGCUUGAAUCCAGAGCAAAAUUAGGCAUGUUGGAGAAGAAAAAGGAUUACAAAGAAAGAGCAGAUGAUUUCCAGAGAAAACAGAGGACACUAAAAGCUCUAAAACGCAAGGCUGAGGACAGAAAUCCAGAUGAGUUCUACUUCAACAUGGUGAAAACUCAGAAAGUGGAUGGAGUUCAUCAGCGGCGAGAAAGUUCGGAGCCAAUGCACACUGAGGACCAGCUGAAGCUGAUGGAGACGCAGGACCUGAGAUACGUCAACUUUAAACGAUUCACUGAGAAAAAGAAAGUUGAGAAGCUGAAAUCUUCACUGCAUCUGAUAGACAGCGACAGCAAACCAAAAAAUAAGCACAUUGUCUUUGUAGACAGCAAGAAGGAAGCCAAGAACUUUGAUCCUGCCAAACAUUUUGACACCCAUCCAGCGUUUGUGAACAGAGCCUACAACCGCCCUACUCGCAGCAUGCUGGAGUCUCUGGACUUGAGUAAGAUGCUGGAUGAGGAGACAUUGCAGGACAUCGCCGUGGCAACACACAAGCGCUACAGUGAACUGGGCAAGAGGAUAGAGAGAGAGAGGGACCUGAGUGUUGUCGCUGACAAGAUGGAGACCAAGAUCCAUCUGAUGGACAAGGAGGCCAGCAAGGAGAAGGUCAAGGACGAAACUAAGACCGCACCUGCCCAGUACCGAUGGAAGCCGGUCAGAAAGCGAUGAACUCCACAACUACUAAGAUUUUUGUACAGCUUGUAAAUAGUAAAUAAAUAUUUGCCCAUGUU